CUUGAGUGAAGCUGAUUUCAGCAAAGGCCAGCAUCGCCACUCCAAAGUGGCAUUCGCCAUUCGUCUGUGAACUUGUACAAUAGUGCUCGCCUCACAAAUCUCGCACGACCGACCGGACGGUGGUGUACACGCGCUCUCGCGGUGGUUAGCGGCCUAGCGUCUCAACAAAGAAAAGCCCUGAGUCCGUCACGACGGGCGACUAAAAGUGUGCGGUUGUUUUUUUUCGUUCUUCGUUGCCCUUAGCAAGCCCGCGGAGAACGCAUUUCUUGUUCCCAAUUGUAGCGAAUACAAGAGGCGCACACACAGAGAGGCAAGCCGAGAUCCGGAUGUCAGUGCGGAGUUGUCAUCUUUCCCGCAGGAGAACUGUCAAGUGUGCGAGGAGAGCUGCUGGCGACGAAAAGAGCGGAUCUUCUGUUGCAGACAUUGAAGAUGCAUUCCACAGCAGCAGUCGGAUCAACCGGACCGGCAUUAUAAACGGAGAAUCCCGCAGCAGCUUCCUAACAACAUGAUACGGUGGUAAACAACGUAUCCGGGAGUACGUACAAAUCUAACCAGUGCAAUUUUAGCGUGUCAAACGGCGAGUGUGCAAUGUGUUGUUAGUUAAUUCCUCAGCCCAUCUGACUGUGUGGCGUGGAGGUCUGUGUUUCGUACCCAGUGUGUGUGUGUGCUGAUGCUUUUUGCAAAUAAAAAGCGUUAACAAAAAUCGUUUUAAACUUCAAGACACCGUGGUCUACACAACCGUGUAGAAAUAGAAGAAGAUCGACGAGGAAUGAGACGACCGGCAGUAGUGCAACGGCUCGAUAAUAGAUUGCCCAUCAUCAUCAUCAUCAUCAACGGAAGGUGCUAAGGCUGCCACGACGCGCGUUAGGGUUUGUGUUGUAGCAAAGCGAUCGUGUCGCGCGACACUAUCAUUCAUCCUGCCAGCAGAAGCGAAGAUGCUUCCCCGGGACGUAGCAUGUGUGCGGGAAAAGGAGUGAGUGGAGUUAUGCGUGGAGCUUUGCGUGUGUGCUGCGGCAGGCAGGGGGGCGCAUAACGACGAUAAGCGUUAGACUGCUGCCGCUGCUGCUGCUGCUGUACUCCUGGCAGCUGAAUGCUUAAUGGAGAACGUACUCGUGUGUUGGAUGAUUUGGUUGUUGUGGUAGUAGUAGUAGUGCCUGUCUCUGCUAGAGCGGUGUGCGCAGGGUGUGCAUUAUUCAAACGCAAACGGCAAUACAGUGGCGCGUGUGUGUGUGAGAGAAAGAGAGAGAGAGAGCAAUCCUAGCAAACACGCGUUUGCGGCGGCGUUUUGCGCUAAGGAAACGCGUUGGCGCAUCUAAGCAGGCGGCGAUAACGUGCAAUAUUGAAAAUAUAUAGCCGUCGUUACCCAGCAGCAGUAGCAUCUGCCACUCGCUUUAAGGUCGAGAUGAUGGUGCGUUACACAAGAACCCGACCUGUGUACCGUGGUCCGCGUGAAUAGUAUGUGUGUGGAGUGUGCAAUCCGUGAGAUGUUAGUCAUCCUGCUUCGAUAGUACACUGGACACGGCUCUGUAAAGCAGACAUGUACGACGGUGUACAAAGAUUUUAACGUGUUUCCUGUGUCCUCUUUGUGUUAACGUUUGUGUGAGUGUAAGUGUAUUUGAGUGCGAGUGCGCGCGCGUCCGUUUAAAGUGUGUGUUUUUCGUUGUUGUUGUUAUUAUUGUUGUUAUUCGGGGCGCUCCGUGCUGCGUUCCGUUUGGCAAACGCGGCGGGUCGUGUCUGUGUGUUUGUUUGAGCGUUAUCACCACACCACCUGCUGCCACCUCGGGGCGGGUGUCUGCGUCGAGUCGGCCGCGCGAUUUUUUUGUCGCCAUUCGCGCAGACAGCUCGGCAGCUUUUUAGGCGCAGGCGGUGGCCGCUCUCGUGUACCCUCCCACCCAUCCAUCCCCCGUGCGCAAUGUGGCCGGGUGUGCUGUGUCUGCAGCAGGAGGGAACCCACCGUGUGCUAUCAGCUCACGUAGCGAAUGGAAAAGUGUCGUCGCGUGUGCGUGUUUGUGUGUGUGCAAUAGAUCCACUGUUAGUCAUCUGGUGAGCACACCUAACAGUAUGUGAAGAGUUCCGUGCGGAAGUGAUAGAAGAGGAGUAGUAAAGCAAAAAGGAAGCAAUGGCUGGACAGUAAGAGCGUAGUGUUGUGUGCGCGUGUGUCUGUGCGUCGCAUGUGGUUUGGAUGGGAAGUGAGGCGCGCGUGUCUGACGGAAAGAACGCAACCCGUGUGUGUUCUGGUGUGUGAUAGUGAAACGGAGAGAAAUGCUGGAGCAUUGUAACGCGACCGGAAAGAUAGGUUAGAGUAAAAAUAGCAACAACAGCUACCGCCUGUAAUAUAGAAAUAUAGUGUGUCGCCGAUUGUGAAACAACUAGUUGUUGUUUUGGCAUUGUGUAUAGUUACAAUAUAUCAAUUUCUACAACCACUCGUACGAUUAAGUGCUAGUUAAGCUCUAGCCAGCACUGUUUCUUCAACGCUUGUUGUCGGAUUGCCUAGCAGCCGACCCUUCAAUCAACGGCAGAAGUUUGACAAUUCUCGCCUGCUUUUUUCACUAAAAGUACAAAGCAUCACUCCCAGGCAGUGGUGAUACCCACCCACACUCACUCUCAACGAACUCAUGGGAAACCGCAGGAAGAGCGGGUCAAGGUGUACUAGCAAACAUUCUGUAACGUAACGUAACGGUAACGGUAAGAAGCAUUACUAAAGAGGCUAGCAGAGCACAACAAUAAUAUAGGCUAGCGAACCAGCGAUAGGCUUUUGUGGCACAAAAGUUACAAAAAACAGAGCUACCUUCCUCAAACACCCACCCACCUGGCCCAGCAAGCAGUGCGAGGAAAGAACGGGCGACGGCUGGGUCGACGUAUUUGCGCGCUGCGCUGCUGUACCGCAUCAACCGCGCCAUCCGGGACAUGGCUAACCCGACGAACUUCAUCCGGGAGAAGGUUAGUGGGCAGCGGUUCCGCUACACCGACGAUGAGUUCAAUCUGGACCUUACGUAUAUUACGCCAAAGAUCAUCGCCAUGGGCUUUCCGGCGGGCAAUGUGGAGGCCAUCUACCGGAAUAAUCGCGAACACGUGGUCAAGCUACUCACCCAGCGGCACGACAAAAAGUUCAAAGUGUACAACCUUUGCUCGGAGCGCACGUACGAUCCGAAAUUGUUUCCGUACCAUGCCGAAUAUCCGUUCAAGGAUCAUAAUCCGCCGGAUAUAGAACUGAUCGACAAGUUCUGCAAAGAUGUGGACAGCUUCCUGAAUGCGGAUAGUUCGCAUGUCGUGGCGAUCCAUUGCAAGGCUGGCAAAGGACGCACGGGAACAAUGAUCUGCUGCUACUUGCUGUACAACAACAGCUUCCAGACGGCCCACGAGGCACUGACGUAUUAUGCGGAAAAGCGCACGAAGGAUAAGAAAGGCGUCACCAUUCCUUCGCAGCGCCGCUACGUGGUGUACUACGAGCAGCUGUUGCGCCAAAACCUAACGUACCGGAAGGUGUCGCUCUAUAUUCUUGAGCUGCGCAUCUUUCCCGCCGAUUUGCCGUUGAAGGUAGGUUCGAUCCAGCAAAAGGACAUGAAGGAACCGCUGCCGCUGGUGAAGUUCCGGCGCACGGACCACUACAUAUCGGUCGAGCUCGACUGCUGUAUGCCACUGGCCGGCGACGUGAAGGUUGAGUUUCGACCGAACAAACUCGACAAAGGGUGGCACUUUUGGUUUAAUACGUUUUUCGUCGAGCUAGCUGGUGCCGAAGACCAAUCACAGGGCCGAUUCGUCCUGACACUGGACAAACAAGAGAUUGACGACGCGCACAAAGGUAGCGCCAAAAAGUGCCCCGAACAGGUGCAAGUGUUUCUCAAUCGAAGGGGCGAGUGCGUCGACACGAUGGACGCCCGGCCUGUGCCGCAGGCAGUGGUCGAGGGAACGCAAAAGAGCGCUACACACACGAACAACCACCAUCACGUCGUGCCGUACCAGCAUCACACGGUACCGCACGAGCAGCAGCUGCAGCAACAGCGCCAGUAUCUGGCUAUGCGCGACCAGUCGAACCGGAGCCAAUCGCUGAUCCCUAGUUCCAACUAUACCGACCCACAGCAGCUACAUCACCGAUCGGUGAACAACAACCGUGCCUCGUUGGGAGGCAACCAACAGAAUAGUGGCAUUUUUUACGGUAUCGGUAUGAAAACUGCGGACGUUGAACAACGGCAGGCGGCACAACUGCAGAAGCAGCAGCACCAGCAGCACCAGCAGCAGCUACACCAGCAGCAGCAGCAGCAGCAGCAGCAGCUUCAGCAACAGCAGCGGCAGCUGAACCAUUCCGGCGGCUCUUCCGAGGGUACCGACGAAGACUGGGAAUCCGGUGAGUGUCAAACAGUAGUAUCGGAAACCAUGUGCAAAUCAAGAACAACAGCUACCAACUCAGCAACAACCGCGAAUACAGCAACAGCAACAGCUACGAUUACUUCCGCCACUGCUACAGCAACAGCAGCAGCAACAACAACAACAACAAUCCCCAGUACAACAACACCUAAUACCAAACCCAACCAAAAAAACCGCAGUAGUAGUAGUUUCGUUUUUCCACCAUCACCACCACCAUCCGCCAUCCGGGCAGCAGCGACGGUGGCCGCAGCAACUGGAGUAUCGGUAGCCAGCAGCAGCAAACCCUGCCUCAUCUCCUCCCUUUCCUCCUCUUCCGCUCCUCGUCGUUGUAUCAGCGACAACGAGAACUACCUUCUUACCCGUAGUAGUUGUGGGCUCAUCACUAAAAGUAGUCAAAGUAGUUACGAUCAGCUCGUCGAACACGAACAACAACUUCCCUUUAGUAGCGAUAGUAGUACUACUACCACCAACACCAUCAUCAUCAAUACACCCAACCAGACUUUUAACCAAAUUUGUCGGAUGCAUCCGAUCCAAAUGCAGCCGGUGGCGGCCGCACCACCAUCACUGCCACCGCACGGUGAUGAUGAUGAUGGCUUAUUCCGACCUGGUUCGGAUAGCUCUUCGCUGGCCGUUAUGCUGUACGAUGCCGGUGCGCUACAGUUUGCAGGUGCCAGCGGUGGAAACGAUGCACGUGCGUCGCAAGAAUCUCACGCUUUGCUUGCCGGCGCAACUGCUGCCGUGGCAUUGCCUGGACGGGAGGGUACGAUAGGGCAUGGUAGCGUUGGGGCGUCUAGCGUUAAGGUAAGCGCUUUGUCGGUGGACAAACUUGCCGACAGCGGCAAGAGUGGAGUUGCUAGUGGAGGUGCCGGUGGUGGUGGUAGUAGCGGGAAGAGCAAAUUCUCGUCCCCCUCGCCGUUCCACCGGUUCGGAAUGGCCAUGCGGCGCAGGAAGAAACGGUCGCUGAAGCUGAAGCACGCUGCCGGCAGUGGCAAUGGCGCUCUCGGUGGGAACUCACUGUACGGGUCCUGUGCCAGCAAUCUAUCGGGCGUAUCGGUGGGCAACGGGUCGGCCAAAGGGAAAGGAUCCAGUGGCGGUGCCGGCGAUGCCAGUGGAGGAAGCAGCAGCAGCAGAACGAAGCUAAAGUUUCGCUGGCUGCGCAACAUGCGCAGCGAUCCGAACUUGAAGGAAACGCUCGCCAAGAGCGUGCAGCUGCGCACAACCAAUCCUCUCGGCACGGGUGCCGGUUGCAUUGUCGGGGAAGUGACGAAGAGCACCGAGCGUAGCACGGGCGUCGUCACCAUUCCCAAGAGCCCGACAGUACCCUCCACAAAGAUGCCCAUACCGAACGUCCCCGGUACGGCGAGCGACGCGGUGGGAAGCUUGAAAGAGAUCGCUGGCUGUAAUCUGCCCACCGAUUACUACUCCUUUCUCUGUGAUAAUCAGCUGAGCUACGAAUCGCCGGGCAAAAGCCCGGGUCAUCUGAUGCGGUUAGAGCAGGCGCUCGCGCGUCGCCCGUCCACCAUCGAGGAAGUGCUGCUACAACCGGCCGGACCGCCUACACCGCCGCCGCAGCCGCCUCCUCCGGCUCCGCUGCUCUCAUCGGCACCACCGGCAGCGAUCACCGUGUCAGACACCGACUGUAGCGUGGUGAAGCCGAGAGCGUCGAAGGUGAAGAUCGGGUUCAACGUUAGUCCGGUGCCGCCGGCGUCACCGAUCGAAGGCACCAGGCACGGUUCGAUCGAGAGUUCGUUUGAGAUUAUCAACAAAAGCGAUGCGCCGUUGGACGCGACAGAAGAGCAUCUAUCGCCCGCUGGCGGUGACAGUGGGACGCUCCCGGCAGCCGGCAGUGGGCACAGCUUCUGCAACAAACUGCUGCAACACAUCGUUACCUCGGUAGGUGGUGGAAGCAAGGCAAAGGAUUUGCCGGUGCCGAGCGAAACCAGAAAGCAGGACAGUGAUGAACGGUUCGAGUGUCCCACCGCCACGCACAGCUCCAGUCGUUCGUCGUCUUCAUGCUCUUCACUGGCGGUGGCACCAUCAGCAGCCGUCGUAGUACAAACAACCAGCGGAAGUCCCGUCCUUGCCCGCAGCAACCGUUGCGCACCGUUCUCGUUCCGCGAGCUUAGUGCCGAGCUGCGUGCGGCCAUGAAGAUACCGAUACCGAAGCAUCGCUCAGCCACAGCAGCGGCGACGGGGCCGGCGGCACCAUCGUCUUCGUCCUCCUCCUCCUCCUCGUUGAACAUUGCGGCCGGUGGUGGUACUACCGUACGUUCAAUCGAACGUACCCUGAGUGCUCCCGUAGCCGUGCAAACGCUCGAUACCAGUGGGCCUGAAUGCGAGAUCGCUAGCAUCCCGUCGUCUGCCGGCAACGGUACCUCCACUAGCACCACCAUCACCAACGCAGCACCACCACCCUCCAUCAUGCUCAAUCGAUCGCUGUCCGAUCGUCAGCUUGGUGAUGAUCAUAGAUCAAGCCACCGAUAGCAACUUAGGUCACUCGCUACCGCGCCCGAAGUGGUGUCCUUCCUGUUGAUUUGUUCCCCGUAGAUUUACCCUUUCUUGACACAUUACCACCACACACACCCUGAGACCCCUACCAAAACUCGCUUCAUACAUACACACAAAAUUACACUCACGCACACACACAACUAGACAUGCUGACAACCACGUUCGUUCGUUUGUAUCGAGUGAAAGAUUCUAUUAGAUAUAUGCUACAAAUUUAUCUGUAUAGUCUUUCCUUUACAAGUCGUGUGUGGAUUUAUAUGAACAGUAUAGCAUUCACAGUACCGUUUCGACCUGCAGACACAAUCGACUAUAUAUGGACGUGUAUGAGCGGAGAUGAGGUGAGUGAGCAGAGACAGAUGAAAAGAGAGAGAGAGAGAGAGAGAGAGAGAGAGUUUAUAACAACUAGUACAUAUUUCAAUUGGCAAGCAUUGCUGUGAUUUAAAAACGUUCGAUUGUUGAAGAAACGAAAUAUCGAGUAAGAGAGAGAUAGAUAGAGAGAGAGAGAGAGAGAGAGAGAGAAGAGCGCAAGAGAGGUAGGGUAGAUAAAUAAGUGUAAUACGAUAAGGGAAUAGUACGUUGUAAGUCCGAAUGCUGUUUGUUUUAAUGCGUGCAGUGGAGAUGUGUAACGUGGCUACUUAAGAGAAAGCUAGAGAAAGCAUAUUAUUUGUUGUAUUAGUGUUUUGUUCUAAUUUCGAAAUUGGGAAACUAGCAGUCCUGCGUUAGUGAGUGUGUGUACAAACAGCAGAGCCCUGUGUGUUGUGUGGUAGCUGCGCGGGUCACGAUUUUAGCAAAUAGAAGAGCAGGAAGUACAAGACACACAGAUCGAUACACAACGCUAUCAUUCAAACAAUUUGAACGAAGCAACGACUCUGUACGGCAGUUUCAAAGAUAAAUCGGUUUAGUUAAUGAUGGCCAAUUCGUAAUUGUUUAGCUGUGUAUAGUUUUUAAAUUGCCCGGAAGAGAAAAGAGGCCCCCCUGUCAAUCCUUUGUUUUUGUUAUUUUCUUCCAAAGAGCACCUUUUUCACAGCAAAUUUCUUCUUUUGACGCCCCAUGAAAAUAGUUUCUAUUGCAGCAGUAGUAGUAGGUAGUAUUAGUAGUAGAUGAGGUAAAUCCUCCCCAAGCACGAUGAUAGAAAGAGCCCAUUUUGUCGUUAAUUUGUUAGUGUAAUGUUACGCGGGCGCGUGUUAAGAUUUGUUUUGUUUAGUAGCCGUUAUUUUUGUGUUUAGAUUAUGUUUUGUUUAUGUCUGUCUGUUUUUUUAGCCUACAGUGAAUCUUUAGAGCGUUUCCACACUGUUUCCCGAUACGCGUUAAGUUUAUGCUAAAAACCCCUAUUUGCGAUUUGAUGGAUGGAUUAAAGAGAAGCAAUCCUUCAAGCGUUACACCAAAAACCAACACAUUGCCCCCGGAAUGUUAAUUUAUUUUCUCGUCCGUCGCCGCCUUAUGGGAAAGCGACAGCAGCCCCUCGUGUUAUUCGUUUUGUGGAAAAAAGAAAUUGAGAAAUUCAACGGCGCUUGUUGAUACCUCAUUGUUUUCUGCACGUACGCUUGUAACUACUAUAUUCAACACUAUCCCGUUUUCUUUCUGUGUACAAAUCACUGCGGUGCAUUCAUCAGCUAAAUCGAAUCACAUUUCUCUAUCCAUGCGGCGGGGGUAUGUGUGUGUGUGUGUGUACAUGCUGCUGUGUAGGCUUAUUGGGCUAUGAAAAGCACAUUGCAUAUAACUAUCUUCACCCCUCCCAUCUGCGUCUGUUACUGCUCCUCUCACAUUAUGCAGGUCGGAUUAACAAGUUUACCAAGGACACAGGACACACAGGACGUGACCGACCUAUAACCACCAUAACUUUGUUAACACGGUACGAUAAAAAAAGGUGUACGGUUUCUAUGUUCAUUUGUAUAUUCUUGCACACGUUUUAUUAUUUUGCAAUUAUCAGUUACGCAAAGCGCACAUCGACUAAUGGCUAAUCGGACAUAUAUUAGCACAAUAAUACACUCUCUCACCCAUACACAAACACACAUACACACACUUCUCUGAAUGGAAUGGAUAUCGUACCAACACGAUGAUCAUCUCCUAGUUCAUCCCUAUCUCCUUUAUCCAAAACAUCACUUAUUCAUUAGUCUACUUUUAAUGAUUUAAAAUUAAUAAUUUCACGUUGUCAUCUUACCAACACGCAUCCUAUUGUCACUCGUACUAAAUGUGCUGCACACGAGCAAAUUACCAAAUUUGAUUGUACAGAAGUGGGUACUGGAGCACGGGAAUGUGUUUCAUUGGAAAUGGACAAACGAUCACUAAAAACCCUACCUCUUACGCUAAGUUAGAUGUAAUAUUCGCACGCUUCUUGUGAUACUGUUACAUGUAAUAUUGCUGCACACACAAUGUUGAAUAACUUGCCCGUUUUGUUCAAUAGGGGUCCUUUCCAGGGUUAUUGGAAUGAUUGUUGGAAGAAGUGACCGACAAAUCGUGAUUAUUAUAGGUCUGGUGGAUGGAAGUAGAUCACAAACUGUUGGUGCAACAAAAAAAAAAAAAAGAUUUUGACAGGACAGAAAUUGUUUAAAUCACUGUCUGGUGCACUGUAUACUAAACGUACGUAACAAUCGCUUAGUAUGAUUGUACAAAUUAAGUAGAAACUCUCAUCUAAUAACGCCCUGUGGUGCCGGUCAUAAGACCCUACAAGUUGGAAGGAAUCUCAGCAAUAAUAUUCGUGCGUAACAGGCGUUGCCGCAGCGCCCCUUCGACAGGCUCCUUUAUCCUUAUCACCAACGUCCUCUGUCGCAAAUUCUCCAUUCUCCUUCUUUCCGCAUGUUGUAAAGGCUUUUCCAUCACAACGAAGACGAAGAAAAGUGAUGCAGCGAUGAACAACAUUUUGUACCCAUGAAAGUGGUCAAUUACCCUUGUGUGUCUGUACCUUUACUCUCCCCCCGUGUAUGCUUAGAACUUACC